AGGGAUACCAAACGGCUCCUAACUACACUGCCUUAACAAAUAUAUAUGCUGAAAAAAUCCCUCAUUUUUCUUUCUGUUUCUGAGGAGAGAGACAAAUAAAAUGUCUAAAAUGAUGUCCGCCCUACUUUUCUUAUUUGUACAAUGAACAACAAUUCUCUUCUUACGGGAAGAAGAUGGAAAUAAAACAUCAUGAGCAUCAUCAUCAUCAACAGGACACAGGUCAUCCUCAAAAUCAGACCAUGUUACCGCUUGAUGCUCUUUACUGUGAAGAAGAAGAAGAACAUUAUUGGGAGGAGAAUGGGGUAGUAGAAGUGUCUGUCGACAAUAAUAAUGGCCCUUUGCUCUUUUCGGAACAAGAUUUGUUCUGGGAAGACGAAGAAGAGCUCUUCUCUCUCUUCUCAAAGGAGCAAGAGCAGCAGCAGCAGCAAGUUCAUCCUACUAAUGGACUCUGUAGCAGCAGUAGUACUAUUAUGGACUCUGUUCUCAUUCUUGCUCGAAAUGAAGCUGUUGAAUGGAUGCUUAAAGCAAUUGCCUUUCAUGGAUUCACUCCCCACACUUCCAUCCUCUCAAUUAACUAUCUUGAUAGGUUCCUCUCUAGCGCCCAUUUUCAGAAAGACAAGCCAUGGAUGAUUCAGCUCUUAGCUGUGACAUGUCUCUCUCUAGCUGCUAAAAUGGAAGAAACCCAAGUACCUCUCCUCUUAGACCUUCAAGUAUGUGAGGUAGAAGACAUAAAGUAUAUGUUCGAGGCAAAAACAAUAAAGAGAAUGGAAUUGCUUGUGCUUUCUGGUCUCAAAUGGAGGAUGAAUCCAAUCACCCCUCUCUUAUUUCUGGAUCACAUGGUGAGGAGGAGAUCACUUGGGUUGAAGAUUCAUCUUCAAUGCCAGCGCCUCCUCGUCUCUGUUGCUGCUGAUUCGAGAUCCGUUUAUUUUCUACCAUCGAUAUUGGCAACUGCAACAAUGCUUCACGUUAUCAGGCAAGUCGAGCCUUGGCAUGCCCUUGCACAUCAAAGCCAGCUUCUGGGUGUUCUCAAGAUCAGUGAUCAGGAGAAGGUGAAUGAUUGCUAUCAGCUGAUAAUAGAGAUUUCAAACAGAGGAAUCAAUGGAAAUGACGAACAGAGGAAGAAGAUGGUCAAUCCUGGGAAGCGGAAGUAUCAAGAAAUUAUUAUUACAGGCAGCAGCCCGAAUGGAGUUAUUGAUUUGUCCUUAGUCUCUGAUGAGAGUGAUCAGAGCUCCUCCUCCAUUGAAGACGACUCUGGAGAAAAGAUGGGUCCCUCUGUUUCUUCUUUUUCUUCUUCUCCAGAGCCUCUUUUGAAGAAGAAGAAGAAGAGCCUGCAUGUUUAGUAUCAUUCAUGCCAUCAAUAAAGAUUAAUAGUAUUCAUCUCAGUUAUAAAUGCCAUGACAGUCAUCUUUUUCUAAGCUUUUCUCUUUCUGGAGAUUUGUUAUUUGCAUGACAAAUGUCUCUCAUAAAUUCAACCCAUAAAUAUUUCUUAAUUU